AAUUUUGACAAAUAAGAAAAAAAAAUUACAGAUUUAUUUUCACUUUGUAAAGUUUUUUUUUAAUUCUUCUUUAAAUGAAUAAUUUCCUUAAAUUAAUUAAAAUGCUUUCUUAAAAGAACAAAAACACUAUUCUAGCCACAUAGUUCUAAUGUAAUUUAAUCAUUCCAUAAUAUUAUUUAAAAAGAAAAUCUUGAACAAUGACUGGCGAAUUGACACAAAUCGAAUUCUCAAAUUUGGUCAAGGACGGCAACUGCACCUUCACUGACUGGCCAGACGAUAAUAAUGUCGACGACGACAGUCAUAUAAAUGGAGUUCUUAUGACUGAAGAUAUGAUCAAGCAAGAGCCAGAAUUAUUAGUCGACUGCAAUAAUCCAGAUGAGGAACAUAAAAUACGUUCCUUUCUGAAAAAGUCCAUCGUCGACGACAACGACAGACAACAACUUAAUUGGCUUACCUGUUUGCUCUGCGAUGAACGUUUUCUAACUACCAAAGACUUAUCUCUACACGUUCUAGAGCAUACAAAAUCCGAACUAAAAGAAGAGAUUCCAAAAGAAUUCACCAAUCGACAAGUACCAAAAACUCAAUACACUGGAUUUUCAAGGCAAGAACUAUUACAAGAUUAUGUAAACAUUGCUGUCGAAUUGGAUGGAAAAGCUACUUACACCUGCAAACUUUGUCCCAAUAAAGUCUUUGCACGACAGGUUUCCAUUCGAAAUCAUAUGCGAAUCCAUGAAAACCCUACGUACAAAGAACGAUCAUGCCAUGUCUGUCACAAGACGUUCCUCAGGCGGGACACGCUCUUGGUGCAUUUGAGAGUGCACAGCGACGAGAGAAAGUACAAAUGUGACAUUUGCGAAGCGUCCUUCACACAUUCCAGUUCCCUGGUUUCGCACAAACGCAUUCACACCGGCGAGAAACCUUAUGUUUGCAAUAUUUGUAACAAAGCGUUUCGUGAGUCUGGCCAAUUAUCGGCUCACAAAAAAAUCCAUUUUGAGAAGCUAUUGCAAUGUCCCAAAUGCGAUAAGAAGUUUACCUCUAACAAGACUCUUCGGGGUCAUUGUCGAACGCACACCGACGAGCGUCCGUAUGCCUGCUCUUACUGUUCGAAAAUGUUUCGUUCGAGCACGAGUUUAACUACUCAUCUGCGGGUUCACACUGGCGAAAAGCCAUACAAAUGUGAGAUAUGUUCGUAUGCGACCAAGCAAUCGGGCUACUUGCGGACGCACAUGCGAACUCACACCGGUGAGAGACCAUAUAAAUGUACCUAUUGUGAGAAGGGUUUUUCAGAGAGGAAGCGUUUGAUAACACACACCCGCAGUCACACGGGUGAACGUCCGUACAAGUGUAUGUAUUGCGAUUCGGCGUUUGCUCGGAAUGACAAUCUCAAGUAUCACUUGCGAACUCAUACGGGUGAAAAGCCAUUCGGAUGUGAUGAUUGUGGAAAACGAUUUACCCAACGUACAGCGCUAAUAGUUCAUCAAAAGAUUCAUACUGGCGAUAAGCCGUAUUCUUGCCCGCAUUGCGAUAUGACUUUUCGCCAGAGCGGUACUUUGGUCACACAUUUGUUGAUGCACACAAAUGAGCGACCAUUUAAAUGUGAUCUGUGCGAGAGGGGAUUUAGACAGAGAGCUUUGUUAAAGAGACAUGUCGCUAGUGCACAUGGGAGUGUUACUAUUUAAGUAGAAAAUGAAAUACCAAAUUAAUUUAAAAUGCUAAAUGGAGAGCAUUUAUAUAUAUUAAGUAGUAUAUAUAUGAAUAAUUAUUUAAAUAUUAAUAUAAAAUAUAAAACGUGUGUCGUUUCUAGUCUUGGUUUACAACAUCAACUUAAUUUAGUUUUUUUUUU